GGGUUAAGUUAAGCCUUUCGCGGUAGUGCUGUGGCCAAGGCAUAUUUUAUAUUUUUUGAUUUACCUCUAUUCCAUUGGUAGAGUCACUGCAUCAAUUCAGAUUCUCAUGCUUCUCUUUUUCCUCUCUCUUCUAUUCACUGGUUGAUAUGUUGAUGGUGACAAGUUACAACAUCUACCCAAAGUGCAAGAUGAUUGGAGUUUCACACUUCCCUUGGCGGCAUAUGAAAUCCACAGUUAAAACAAACUGGAUUUCUUCUUGUUUGCCUGCAUUUACAAGCAUUCAUAAUCUCACUGGACAAAGAUUUGUAUACAAGACAUCAUCAGAAGUUCUUUUGGAAAGGGGAAGCAAUGUUGUCACCAAUGGACAAUUGCAGAACUUCCCAUUGUCUUCAUAUGAAACUGCCAUGGAAAAACUUUCAUCUCUUAUUACUCGCCAGCGGCGUGGAGAAAAGCCGCCAGUUGCUAACAAAUUAGAGAGGAUGUCGAAGUAUCUUAAGAUACUAGGUUUGGAAGAAGGUAUAAAUAGGCUCAACAUUAUUCAUGUGGCUGGCACAAAGGGGAAGGGUUCAACAUGCAUAUUUUGUGAGGCAAUCUUGAGGGAGUGUGGCUUUUGCACUGGAGUUUUCACAUCCCCUCACCUAAUUGAUGUUCGUGAACGAUUUCGAAUAGAUGGGAUUGAUAUAUCUGAAGAUAAGUUUUUACAGUAUUUCUGGGAUUGUUGGAACCUAUUGGAGGAAAAUACAACAGAGAACCUUCCAAUGCCCCCAUUAUUUCAGUUUCUAACUAUAUUGGCCUUCAAAAUAUUUAUAUCUGAACAGGUUGAUGCUGCCAUUAUAGAAGUUGGUCUUGGAGGCAAAGAAGACUCAACUAAUGUGAUUAAAGAACCUACUGUGUGUGGCAUUACUUCUUUGGGCAUGGAUCAUACUGAGAUAUUGGGAGAUACUCUUGGACAAAUAGCUUCACAAAAGGCAGGGAUUUUUAAGCCUAAAGUUCCUGCCUUCACAGUUCCCCAACCUCCUGAAGCAAUGGAAGUUAUCCUUGAGAGGGCCAAAGAACUCAUGGUUCCACUGGAAGUGACUGAACCUUUUGACUAUAAGCAAAUAAAGGGAUUAAAGCUUCGUUUAUCUGGCAAUCACCAAUUCUAUAAUGCUGCUCUUGCAGUCUCACUUUCUAGAUGCUGGCUUCAGAGAACAGGAAACUGGGGGGAAAUUUUUCAGAACGAUUUUCAGGACCCUAAUUUGCCCGAUGAAUUUAUUAGAGGCCUUUCAAAUGCCCAUUUUUCUGGAAGAGCUCAGAUUGUUUAUGACUCUCCUCCAAAUUCUGACUCCUCAGCAAUUGUGACCAAAACUUUUGGAGAGUUGAUAUUUUAUUUGGAUGGAGCUCAUAGUCCAGAGAGCAUGGAGGCUUGCGCAAAGUGGUUCUCUAAUGCCGUAAGACAAUAUGAUAUUCCAUCACAUUCGUCUUUUGAAGUAGAAAAUGCAGAGGAAUCUUCAGAAAAUGGUCACAUCUCAAAUCAAAGCAAGACCUUGGAGCAGUUUGAGAAAUCUUUUAGGCGGAUUCUUAUAUUCAAUUGCUUAGAUGUGAGAAAUCCUCAUAUUUUGCUUCCACGGUUGGUGAAUACAUGUGCUUCUUCAGGUAUUCAUUUCUCAAGAGCACUUUUUGUACCAAGUAUGUCGAAGUAUACUAAGGUUACUUCCGGAGCAUCAGUUAUUUCUUCUGAUCUCCAUGGCAUAGAUCUAUCAUGGCAGUUUAACCUCCAAAGAAUCUGGGAGAAGAUUACGCAUGGGAAGGAAGUGACAACUUCGCUUGAAAAGGAUUUCAAGAUAGAUAGCAAGGAGAUCUUACCACCUCAUGAAUUUCUUUAUGAUGAUAGUUCAAAUGGCUUGCAUUCUCGUAACUAUCUUGCAUGCAGUGCAGUAAUACCUUCGUUGCCAAUGACAAUAAAAUGGCUGAGGGACUGUGUCAAAGAACACCCAUCCACAAGACUUCAGGUUCUUGUCACUGGAUCGCUGCAUCUUGUUGGAGAUGUACUAAAGCUCUUGAAAAGAUGAUUCAAAUUGAAGAAUAAAAGUGGCUGCUUAAAUUGGCUUUGGAAACUUUUAUUGCAACAAAUGUUGCCAUUUUUUCAAUCAUUUCAGCAGAUAUUGAGCUCAUGUGAUUGCUCAAUGGUGUGCAGAUAUUUCUUUCUUUACAAAUAUGAGCAAUUGUAUGGGCAUAUUUCACACCAUCUCCGAAAUGCUUAAAAAAAACGCGGGGAAAAAAUAGCAAAAUUGGUAAACCAAUAUUAAAGGUUCAUUUUUUAAUCCAUACGAAGCUAUUACAUGUGCAUACUAAUGUACUAUUCAUUGUUAAUCUUGAGAAAGUUCAGUUUGG